AUGGACAAUGAUAACCUCAUUGGUAUUAAAUCUUUAAAGACGAAAUGUUUGUCACCUUGUUCAAAGAAUGCCCGUAAAAAAAAUUAUUGUAGAAGGCCUGGUUUAAUUUAUAAGAAUUUGAUGAAAAAUCAGAAUACUCUUCGUACCAGUCCUUACUUUGAUACGCCAUCUAGUACCCGAUGGAUUCCACCUAGAUCUCCAUAUUCACUUAUUCAGGAGGAUUUAUUUCAUAACCCUUGGCAAUUGUUAAUUGCUACUAUAUUUUUAACCAAAGUCACAGGUAAAUAACCUAGAAAUAAACAAUGACCAAGGCAAAUAACUUAAUUGAAAUAUUACAAAUAUUUACAGCAAAGCUGGCCAUUCCGAAAAUUCACUCAUUUUUAUUUAAAUGGCCAACACCAGAAGACGUUAUGAAAGCACAUCCUCAAGAUUUACUAUGUUCAGUAGAACAUUUAGGAUUAGAAAUGACAAGAGUAAAAAUUAUAAAAGGAUUUACAGGUUAAUAAGAAUUACAAAAUAAUGUGUACCUGUAUAAUUUUGUAUUUGUCAUUGGUUAUUAUAAUUUUAUUUAUAGCGGAAUUUUUAUCUAAAAAUUGGAAAUACCCUAUUGAGUUGUAUGGAAUUGGCAAGUAUGGUAAUGAUUCGUACAGACUUUUUUGUGUAAACGAAUGGAAAACAGUACAACCUGAUGAUAUAAUGUUAUCUAAGUAUAAAGAUUGGCUAAUAUUGAAUGAGAAACAACUUGGAAUUUAA